GCUAUACUAUAUACCCUACUGAAAUUUUGAAAUCAUUCUUUACAUGCUGCAUUUUACAGUCCCUAGCUGCAGCUCUUGACUUACAUAUUCAGUUUGUAUUUUUCAAUAAAGUUUAUCAAAGUGAAAUAUUUCACGAUGAAGAUGAGACGAGCGACGGUGAAUCGGCCGGUUCCGUUAUCAUCCCGGCAUCAGAAAAUCUGCCAAAAAGAUCAGAUUCAACGAGCGUCGUCCGGUUUGUAUCAAUGCGACGCGAACCAAUUGGACAUCGCCGAUUCUUCGGAAGAAGAUGAAGGGCUCCAGCAUCAGUUUAAAAUUGGCAUUCCCGGCUCUAGGACAAUUUUCGGGAAAAAGAAUCAUCCGCUACGCCGAAUCUUCUGGAUCUGCUUGACGAUUGUCUGCUGCUUUCUGGCUUUCUACCAAGUGAAAGGGUGUAUCAUCAAAUACGAGUCGGAGAACGUCAUCGAGGAGGUGCAGAUUAUUAACAACGAAACGCUCAUUUUCCCUUCCGUUACAAUGUGCAACAGAUGGAAUCAAACCUUCAAUCCUUCGGCCAUGGAGGCAAUGCGACUUUGGAACGACCAAAUUCAAAUGCCGUCCGACCUUUUGUCUCUCGUGAAUGUAACGGCCACGUGGAACGGGAUUGGACGCGGUGAUUUCAAAGAAAUGGAGUUGGUGUGCUGGUUCGGACGCAACAAAUCCUGCGAGGCCAGCGGCUACUGGGAAAUCCUGCACACGGUUGUAGGCACGUGCUAUUCCUUCCGUGUCCGGCAGCCCGUGAGAGAGACGGGCCUCUUUAACGGACUCUACAUCAAAAUCGAGGCUAAAUCGCCGUUUGACAAUUGGUUCUACUACAUCCACCCACACAACGUCACUCCGGCGCUCAACAUUCACGAAAUCCGGAACGCCAGCAACGAUUUCCUCGGAAUGGGAAAGUUCAACACUGACGUUAAAAUCAAUUACCAUCAAGCCCAGUCGUUGAAUGUGAGAAGGGAUCCGUGCGUGGAGGAGGCCGAGUACACGACCGAACUCUGCGAACUGGAGUGCUUCAGUGAGCAACUAGUCCGACACGCUGGCUGCCGACUGCCUUUCAUGAAAUUGAGCAAUACAUCUCCCAACAGAAACAGGUCCAUUUGCAACACCACCCAAACUUAUCGUGCGGCUGGCGAAGAACUCAAGCGGAUGCUUCUCUCCAGUGAUGGAACAACUUGGAACCGAACCGGAUGUAAUUGCAUCAUGUCGUGUUUCAGAACUUAUUACCAAACAGAUAAGGAGAAGGUGAUGGCCGACGCCAAACCGGGUCUUUUUCGGUUUCGGGUCUUCUUUCAGACUCGAACGUACGAGGCUAGAACGCAGAAAUUGGAAUACGGACUCAUCCACCUUUUCUGCGCCAUUGGUACGUGGAGCAAUUAAGGUCGUUUGCUAUAGCCUACGUCAUCGCACAGCAUGAACGCCGUGUAAUGCAUUUAUAUAUAUAGGCUAUUUUUGUGUUGCACAUGAAAGCUAUUGUUCAAAAUGUUGAUGCUUCUGUCUAGUUGCGUGUGUUUGACACAUUUCCCAGGACAGACAAAAUGGCUUCUAUGUAUACUCACUAUUACUUUUUCAAACAAAACCCCAAAAUUUGUACAGGCAAUUCAAUUGGUCUGCUGCUUGGAAUGAGUGUCCUAACACUUUGCGAAGCUCUGGAAUGGGGAGCUUUUAGGCUCUUCCACUGGUUCAAAUCAUCGACGGUCGUUUUAUUGGCUGGCCAACAGCGACGGAUUCAUCCUCGUCCCAGCAGCCUGAUAGCAGUCAACUAAUAGACGAAUGCGAUUCAUUCUUCUUUUAUGUAUGCUUGUAUUCGGUAUUAUUAGUCAUUCAUCAGUUUCGUUUACAUGCUGAUUAUGUAUCAGUUUAUUAAGAAAAAUGCCCAGGCAAGUAACAGGUUGAUGAAUCGAGAAAUAAAAUAUUAAGAGAUCAAGAGAUAAGAGAAAGAGAGAGAAGGGACAAUCAUGUAUGGGUGGGUCUUUAAUAGUUUUUGUCCCGAUCUGGUAGUGGGUGUAUCUGCUGUGGAGACGAAAGACAUCAUUUAGAAUAGAAUAUAUAUAAUGAAUAAUAUAAUAUCUAUAUGUAGAAUGGAUUGAGAGAAAUAUAAUAUGUAUAAUAUCAUCAAGUCGUUUUCUGUCUUUUCCCGCGUUCAAGAGCAACUCACUGCCGCCGCCGUGCUGAUAUAACCGCACGUCCGAGGAAGCGCGCGGUCUUGGCAAAGUUCAAAAUAAAUAAUGGAAAUUGAACAGAAACAUAAUAUGUAGGACCAAAGAAUGGACACACACAGAAAUAAGAGAGAGAUCGAUCAUAUCGAAACGGGCAAAGUAAUAAUAAUCAGAUUGAUAGGAAUGAAA